AUGGGGACUAGCAUUAAAGGAAAAUCAGGGAGACGAGUCAGUCUUUUGGCCUCCCCAAACUCGCCUCCAAAAGUAGCUACUACGACCCAAGCUCCUGCAUCUACAUCAGCCGGACCACAGACGCUUCCGGACACAGAGGGGGGACCACCAGAGCCAAGAAAUCAGAGACGCUCUUACUUAAAAUGGAGGAAGAACCUAACCCGCCACAAUACUGAACCUGCACGAAAAUGGAAAGGCUACAACCACAGAGGAAAGGAUCCAAAGACCCACAAACCUCCAGCAACAGUUAAGCCUAAACACACUGCCACCGUGAGGAGAAAAUUUUGCUGA